CGUUGCUAAGGAAGUGAGGUUCCUGACUACCAGGAGAGUAAAUGUUGAGUGCUUGUAGCUGUUUGCUUUAAAUCAGAUCCCUUUUCGCAUCAAGUUACUAGUUAAUGAACAGACUUGGGGAUACAAUGGCUUGUGGCUGGGGCAGUACAUUCUAAGAAUAAAGCACAUCAUAUGGCAGAGCUGCAUAUAAUCGGGCAGAUCAUUGGGGCCAGUGGUUUCCCUCAGAGCAGCCUGUUUUGCAAGUGGGGCAUUCAUACAGGAGGAGCAUGGAGACUUCUGUCUGGUCUAAAGGAGGGACAGACACAAGUGGAUAUACCCCAGAUAGGUGAAAUGGCUUACUGGAGUCAUCCUAUCGAUUUACAUUAUUCCACUAAAGGCCUGCAAGGUUGGCCAAAGUUUCAUCUACAGGUCUGGCAUCAGGACUCUUUUGGUAGAUGUCAGCUGUAUGGUUAUGGCUACUGCCAUGUGCCCUCUAGCCCCGGACAGCACCAGCUGCAGUGUGUGACCUGGAGGCCAGUGGGCACCUGGCAGGAACAGCUGGCCCAGAUGUUUGUUGGUGGAGGCCCUCAGCUUCGCUCUCCUGACCUCAUUUACAGUGGCGCAGACAGAUACAGGCUUCACACAGAGGCUAUGGGCACAGUAGAACUGGAGCUGUGCAUCAUUCUGCGGCAUUUUGAGCGACAUGGCGUUGAGAGCUGAGAUGCUACGAUAUGCACAUAGCAACAUAUAAUGAGAGGUAUUUCAAAGGUGAACAAACCAUAAAUUCAUUAGCUAGUCCACCUGACAAGUAAAAGAUCAUCUGUCAUAUGUGCAUGCUAAUUAAUCCACCUUGUAAAAUCUUUCUACUGACUGUAGAUCACACCUUGUCUGAUGUGCAGCAGGCGGUGGGAUUUGGAACUGUUAGUAUGUGCUAUAGAUACAGCAUGGAGGUGCAUCAGAUCACUGUGAAGUGCAUUAUGUUUAAAUAUGGCUACAUUAAAUCAAAUGAUAUUGAAAUUAAUUUUAAAUGAAAUGUUGUGUAUUGUGAAAGUCUAUAAACUACUAUAUCAAGUUAGUAUAAAUGUUUUGCGAAAAGUUUUUUUUUUUUUUUUUUUUCUUUCCCUUUUCUGUCCACUGGGCAACCAAGAAUAAAACUUAACCCCUGCACUUUAGUUACACUUGUAGUGGUAGAGAAUUUAUAGAGCAUACACUUGUAGAGAAUUUGUGGCAUUUUUUUCUAUUCAGAGAUGAUGUAAAGGUGUUAGCUGAUCUCUGACUUGUGAGACAUCUGGGGAUGCAGUGAUAAUUAAUGACCUGUAUGUUUUUAUAAAUUUUGUACUAAUUUUAUACACAAUUUUAAUGUAUUUUUGGUUGCAUUUAAAAUGAAUUAAAUUUUUGAUUGCUUAA